AUGAUGGAAGAAAAGCUUAAAUAUUCCUUCCUGCGCGAUCUUAACGAUGGGCAAAGUAUAUGGACUAGAAAUGAAAAGCGUACCUGGUUCUUAACUCUCCUGACGGGGACAUGUAUGCUUUACUCAACCCGUACCACGAUGCCACUGCUCGUACCGGCUGUAGCAGCCGAACGCAAAUGGAGUAAAACCGAUUCCGGCACCGUGCUAAGUUCGUUCUUCUGGGGCUACACGCUAACGCAGGUGCUCGGCGGCUAUCUGAGCGAUAAGUUCGGUGGCCAGAAGGUGAUACUGUUGGCCGCCAUCGGCUGGUCGCUUAUAACGUUCUGGAUGCCGAACAUCAUCACCUCCUCAACGCUGUUCUCGUCCUAUUCGAUCCCGUUUAUCGUUACCGUUAGAAUAAUCAACGGCGCCUGCCAGGGUGUCCACUUUCCCAGCAUGAUAAGCAUCACUAGUCAGAAUCUGAGCUCCUGCGAACGGGCCAGCUUUUUUAGCAUACUCACUUCGGGGUCAGCUCUCGGGACGCUGCUAACCGGCAUUGUCGGUUCGUUUCUGCUCGACUACUUCGGUUGGCCGACCGCGUUUCGGGUGAUUGGGUUCCUGGGCCUCUCGUGGACGCUCUUUCUACGGUACUACACGAUGGCAUCGGAUCGGAGUAGGAUCAUUAACAUUUCCAUGCCGAGCCGGAUGUACACGAAGCUUGGUACGCCCGAAACCGUACCGUGGUUACGGUUGUUCGAACGAAGUAGCUUUUGGGCCUGUGUCUUGGCACACGCUUGUGAAAUGAACUGCUUUUUCGUGCUGCUCUCGUGGUUACCAACGUAUUUUCACGAGAAUUUCCCACAAGCUAAGGGUUGGGUAGUAAACAUGAUCCCUUGGCUAGCUCUUCCACCGGUGACAUUCAUGGGAAAGUUACUUACCGAGCAUCUACUCGCGAAACAGUGGUCACUGACGCGCAUCCGUAAGCUAGUCCAGAGCUUAUGUUUUCUGGGGCAAAACUGUGCCCUCUUUGUUAUGUGCCGAACGCAGGACUUUAAUAUGGCACUUACCUGCAUGUCAAUUAUCAUCGGUCUUUCUGGGUUGCAUAAUAAUGCGGUGACGGUGAACCCACAGGACCUUGCACCGAGCCAUUCGGGCAGCGUGUUCGGGCUGAUGAAUACGGUCGGUGCAAUACCGGGCUUUCUCGGUGUUUAUCUUGCCGGGCACAUACUCGAACUGACGCAAUCGUGGUCGGCAGUGUUCAGUACGGCAGCUGCCAUCAAUACGUUCGGGUGGCUCAUCUUUACCGUGUUCGGUUCCGCUGAAACGAUUGUUUAG